UAAAUCCAGCGUGUAGUGUCAGAGCUCCGACGCGCUCGUGCGACUCGUACCGGGAACACGCGACACGGCGUCUGCCAUCGUCGCGUCUGGAGAUCGGAGAGGGAGCGACCGGCAAUCCGGUAGCCACUGCUCUCUUGGCUACCUGGGUCACUCUUUGGCCUCCGACUGACGGUGCCCGCAGCGGCAGUGGUCUGCUACCGUGCGUGAUUUUGUUUUGCACAACGAACGUAAUGCAACAUUCGCUAAAAUUGCUCACACGGAACGCAUCGCUUUCUGUUUCGACGCGUUGACGGUGCUCUCGGGGUUAAAGGUUAGCUUGGGCGGAGUCGGGUGUUGCAGAGCUGACGGCAACGAUGAACCUCGGACUCUCGACUGUGCAUCAUAGCCUUUCUGUCGGUGCUUCCUGAAAGUGCUGUCUUCGCUUCGCGCAGACGGUACGGAGCGCGGCGCGGUUCAACCCUUGGAAUACCAAAGUGUGUGCGUGCGUGUGUGUAUUUUACGAAACGUUGUAGCAGCCUCACGGAAGAAGGAGGGAUUGUGAACAUCGCGUUUGCAUUCGUACGGGAUAGUCAACAGCUCCCACAAAGUAAAGGUGUGGAUGAGGUGCCACCCGUGAAAGGGUCUGCUUGAUGGCCUCUUCUGGUGGCUCCAGCGACCAAAAUGAUGCCGACAGUCUGGCAGUUGAUGUCAAGGACGAGCCGCACAGCCCUGCAUCUAUGGCUGCAGUCACAGACAAUGGCAGUAGUCCAGAUAGCCCCGAGUCUGGAGACACCCAAGGCUCCGAGGGUGAUAGGGCUUCCACCGACCUUUACUCAUCGAAAAGAAGCAUUGGAGAUGGCAUCCUUGGAGCAGCUGCACUCAACCUUGCUAUACCUGGCUACCUCGACCCCCGAGAGUGGGCUUUGCGUAUGAAAGAAUACCAGACUGCAGAGCAACUGACGCAACUCCGUGACCAUGACAUCUUUGGCAAAAAUCAUGGUGGGAAUAGUCCACUGGACAAGUCCAAAAACAGCGCCGCCUUGGAAGUAUGUGUGGUUUGCGGAGACAAGGCGUCAGGUCGUCACUAUGGUGCUGUAAGCUGCGAGGGCUGCAAGGGCUUUUUCAAGAGAAGCAUCCGCAAGCAACUGGGCUAUGCCUGCCGUGGCAACCGGGACUGUGAGGUCACCAAGCACCACAGGAACCGGUGCCAGUACUGCCGCCUUCAGAAGUGCCUUAGCAUGGGCAUGCGUGCUGACUCUGUACAGUCAGAAAGGAAGCCCAUGGAUACAAGGGAAAAGCCCUCAGCUCCGUCACUUAGUUUACCAGCUCUGAGUUUACCUACUCUUUCUUCAGCAGCACAGAGGGCAUUCUUCAAAGGUGACCUUCAUUCACUGGCGAAUCUCUCAUUUGGAGAUAAGGAAUUUGGGCUUGCUGACCAUACGCACACUGCAGACCUCAGUACACUGGCCAGUGUUGUUACAACGCUGGCAUCUCUCAAGCAAGAUGGCAGCAUGGAAGUGAGGUCGAACGGUGACAAUGGUGGACACUCAUCUUCGCUCAUCUCAAGGGCACUCGACAGCAUGGCAAAAGGGCAGAAAGAGCAGUCUGCAUCAGAUGGGGUGCCUGAGCAGUUGUCUUCAGUUCGGGACUCUGAAGAUGAAUCCCUUUUCGAACUAGAAGGUCCCCUCCUCUUGGAUCAGCACGUCCCAUUCAACCUGACACUGCCCAACCCAGGGACGUCAAUCCUCAACGUACACUACAUUUGUGAGAGCGCCUCUCGCCUGCUUUUCCUUUCUAUUCACUGGGCACGCUCGAUUCCUGCCUUCCAGCUACUGCCGUCAGAGGUGCAGGUGGCACUAGUUAGAGGCGGCUGGAGCGAAUUGUUCAGCUUAGGACUAGCGCAAUGCGCUCAACCGCUGUCGCUGUCAACCAUUUUGGGGGCCAUUGCAAGCCAUCUGCAAGGGAGCAGUUCACAGCAGAUAGAACGCACACCAACAAGCCGUCUGUGGCAAGUGGCAGAACAUGUCAGCAAGCUGCAGGAAUUUGUCAGCUCCCUGCAGAGGCUGCAGGUGGAUGACAGAGAGUAUGCCUUUCUGAAAGCCAUCGCGUUGUUUAGCCCAGAUCAACCUUCUUUGCCAGGAGCACGCCAGGUGGAGAAAUUUCAAGAGAAGGCAUACCAUGAGCUCAGAAACUACAUCAGUCAGGCAUUUCCUGACAAUUGUGAUAGGUUUCCAAAGCUGCUGCUCAGGCUUCCAGCACUGCGCACAUUGCAGUCGAGUGUGACGGAAGAGUUAUUUUUUGCGGGACUGAUUGGCAACGUGCAGAUAGAUAGCAUCAUUCCGUACAUCCUCAAGAUGGACUCAAGCGAGUACGCCAUGGAAGCGGGUACGACAGCGUCAGAUGAAAGGCUAAAAGACUAGCCCUUCAUGCUGCUGCUCUCACAUUCUUCAUGGAACGAUCCCGGUUACUUUCAGAUUCUCUAGCCGAGUUGCAGUGUAUUUAAUAUGAAAGAGAGUGAGGUGGAGUGAGCUUUCAUGCACUUCAUAUAUAUAUAUACGAUAUAUAGAGAUAUAUAUGUGUAUAUAUAUUAUAUAUUUAUAUUUGAGAGGAUAUGAAAUAUGGAUGACGAUGGCAAGAAGGAUACCUGCGUGUGCGUCAACUGAUGUAUAAUUUAUGAGAGGCAUGCAACUGUCUGUGAUUUUCUUAUUUUGCCGAGUGAGCUUAUCACAGCAUCGCUGUUUCUGCACAAGUGUUUGUAGCACCUUCUGUCAAAGUGCACGUGCACUGUUAUUGGCAUUUUAAAUUGGCAUGCCCGUUGGCUGUUUUACAUGUGUUACACUAACACGAACAGGCGUGGCAUCUGGCUGAUACACUUUGUGUGUAUUGUGUAGUGACAGAGUCACAUUAACGUACAAUAUUUUCUUGAAUCUAAGACGCCCUAGCCCGAGUUCAGUGCGCAUGAAUUUGGACAAAAGGUAAUCAGAGAUUGAGAACGAGAGGAUAGAGAGGUAGUACGCGAGCUGGUGCUAUACAUCCAUAACCAAAAAACCUGAGACUGUGGGACAGAAAACGACGAGAUGUUUUCUGUGUUGUCAUUUUUUUCUCCCUCAGUCUCAGGUUUUUAAGUUAGAGAUUGAGAGGCAGUAUAACAUUUGGGAUCGAUGCACAAUACCAUUUACAGUGAACCCUCGUUAAUAUGACCCCCGAUAAUCUGACAUACGCGCUUUACGACCAUGCUCCUGGAGAACAAUUUAGUGAAACCUCUGCAAAUGUCCCCCGUUAAUAUGACAAUUCCGCGUUAUGACCCAAAUUUUCGGGAACGACCAUGGUCAUAAUAACGAGGGUUCACUGUAUUCAUCUCCGCUUUCUUCACCGCUGUUUUCUUUGUCACUAUCUGCCAGCAGCUCAUUAGACAAACUAUACAUACUUUUUAAAAGUGCACAUGAUGCCAAUGUUCGACGACCCCUGACUGUGGAACACAGGAUUUUUGGGACAAAAAUGCUGUCUUAGAUUCGAGAAAAUAUGUCAUUUUUAUUUGCAAUAGGACUGCUGCACAGUCCAUAUUUUAAUGCUGCUUCUGGUCUUUAUCUGUUUUAAUCCCUCGUAGUGAAGACCAACAUCACUGACUGGCAGGAAAUUUGCUUUUAAUUGACAGGCUCAUAUGCUUGACUUGUUGCCAGUUUAUCAGAUUCGCAACAUGAUACCCUUUACUCAGCUCUACACCCUCCCCAAGUGCAGACUAUUCCUUUCCCAAUUCCAUAUGUAUUCUUUGUCUUACUUCUCAAUGUGAUAACCUUCUGACGUCCUCGUGUGCAGGACGAUUCUUAUUUUUUUACUUCUGAUAACUUUUAUUAUGAACUGCAUCAACUUCACCUAUUCAAAAAAUAUGAUUUUUGUUUGAGAGGUAGUGCUACAACCCUUCAGUCUACAUGUGCUUGAUGUCCCAUGCAGUGCCUUCUGAUUACUUUGGGAUUGUGACAUUUUUUGGAACCAAGCUACUCUCGUGUAAAUGAGAAACGCUAACGUAUUUAGGGCGCAACCACCAUUGCACAAAUGUGCGAGGCAGUUUGGUUGUGAAGCACACCUUUACUGUGAAGUUUCAUUUUUUUUAAAGAAGCGCCUUCCUUUUAAAGUAACUUAUUAUGGUGCUGCUCAAGAUGUGUAACCUGUGCUCGCACCUCACAUUGCUACGUAUUUUUUUUCGCUUCACCCGGGGUUCGCACGCCUCUAUUAUUCUUUUUUUGUAAGGCUGCAUUGUGUCGAUUACAGUCGCGGAGCUUUCUGGACACAUUGCGUUUGUCUAAUUCAUUCCUGUAAAUGAUGUAAAUAUUCUUAUGCAUUCUUGUCAGCAUAUUGAUUUUGUUUUGCGUAUGUGCUGUCCCAUAGUUUGGAUUUUGGACCCAAAGAGCUUUGGUGAUAACAGAUGUGAAACUGUGUUGUUUGUGAACCUCUGGCGAUCUGCCCAUCAACGAUUGGCUCUGGGCACUGCAACAUCACAUUCACACGACGAUUGCAGCGUGAGCGAUGACUGGGUGUGCCAGACACUUGGUGAACACGCAUUUAUGAACUGCUAGUGAAAUAUUUCUACGAGGUGUCGAGCAACACGACUGACACUAUGUGCCGCGCUCGCCACAUUUUUGCAUACGUGAAAGCUCUGUCGCUUUUUGUUGUGUCCUCAACCCGAGCACAGAAUAUUCUUUAUACAAAGAAUAAAACGGCAAUUAAAAGAU